AGCCGCCACUAAAACACAGAAGAAGAAGAAACAGGCUCAGAUUGAAAGGUGGGCUUGACACCGUGGGCAGCUGCUUCCUUUAGGGAAGAGCUCGUUGUCGUGACUCUUGGUGCUGCGGAAGAGAGAAACCCCCCCUGCCUGUGUGUGAAUGGCUGAGGGCUCCUCAGACCCUCCCCUGCUGAAUCCAGAUGGGACGUCACAUCAGAGGCAGAAUCAGCACAGAUCAAGGAGGGGUCGGUCCAGACAGAAUGAAAACAGAAACCUGAAUAAUAACAGUUAUGAUCCCUCCCAGCAGUAUGGUCAUUCUCACUUUGUCCACGACGAUUCAGCGUAUGCAAUGUAUCACCAUCCUCCCUUCCGACAAGAGGACGGUGCAAGAUGGCGAGGAAGAGGUGGAGGCAGAGGAGGAGGAGGAGGAGGAGGAGGAAGACGGGGUCCAGGUGGAGGAGGAAGCAGAGGUUUAAAUGGAAGUUUUAGUGACUCUGGCCGGUGGUGGCAAAGAGCUGGAGCUGAUCGUGGCCCAUACAGUGGCAACAAUACAGCUGUCAGUGGCACUGAUGGGCCAAGCUGGCGAAGGGAGGAUAUGAACAGGGAAUUAGGACAUUUUAACGAAGACCAGGACACUCGACAUAAAAAACCCAGGAAGUUUAGCCAGGAGCCAAGGAGAGGAGAUCAAAAGGACAACAAAGGGCCUCAUUCUGCAGAGAGCCAGGCUACAGAAGCAAGCAGGAGGUCUGCAGACACCAAAAGAGAAAACUGCCACUCAGAAACCAAGGAUAAAUCUCAGAAGAAUAUGAGAGGUGCCGACUCAAACUCCCAUUUCAGUGACCCUGAAAAGAAAUACACAGCAACAAAGCGACGCCAGGGGCCGAUUAAGCCACCCAAGCCUCCGUCUCAAGAAGAAACCGGCUCAGAGAGGGGAGCCAGGAGCCAAGACGGCCAUGGAAAUGGCAAAUCGUCUCAAAAUCCUGGCAGGGACGAAGACACAUGGAGAGCUGGGAGAGGCCAGGGGCGAGGGCAGAGGAGAACACACCACCAAGAUCACAGGCCCAGUCAGAGGAACUGGGACAAGAUGCCAAAGAGCAAGGAGACCCAGACAGGAUGUCUGAUCGAACAGCUGUCAGAGGAGAAGUACGAGUGCAUGGUGUGCUGUGACGUUAUCCGGCUCAUGGCUCCAGUGUGGAGCUGCCAGAGUUGCUUCCAUGUCUUCCAUCUGAACUGCAUCAAGAAGUGGGCCAGAUCCCCAGCCUCUCAGGCAGACGAUUCGACUGAAGGUUGGCGUUGUCCAGCCUGCCAGAACGUUGCACUGAAACACCCAACUUCCUACACCUGCUUCUGUGGGAAAGUGACCAACCCGGAGUGGCAGCGCAGUGAGAUCCCACACAGCUGUGGCGAUAUGUGCGGGAAGAAGAGGAGCGGAGCGGAUUGCAACCACCCCUGUAACAUCUUGUGUCACCCUGGACCGUGUCCACAGUGCCCUGCUUUUGUGACUAAAGCCUGCAUCUGUGGGAGGACCAGUCAGCCGAUGCGCUGCGGCCAGGCCACAGUCCUGCAGUGUGACAAGGUGUGUGGUGCUGUGCUGAACUGUGCCGAACACACCUGCAGCCAGGUGUGCCACAGAGGGCAAUGCCAGCCCUGCCAGCUGCUGGUUCAGCAGGUUUGUUAUUGUGGCGUUACCUCCCGUGAAGUCCUGUGUGGCACAGAUAAAGACGGGUUUGAUGGCUCUGGACAUUUCUCCUGUCAAAAAUUAUGUGGGAAGAUGUUAGAAUGUGAAGCCCACCAGUGCCAGCAGGUGUGCCACCCUGGGCCGUGCCAGCCGUGCCCACGCUCCCCCAGCCUGGUGAAGACUUGUCCCUGUGGACAGACGCCGCUGGCCAAGCUCCUGGAGCUGGGCUACUCAGAACGACAAAGCUGCUCAGACCUCAUCCCGUCCUGUGGAAAGACGUGCAACAAACCACUGGCCUGCGGCUCCAGCGACUCCAUUCAUAUAUGUGAGAAAUUGUGCCAUGAGGGCAGCUGCGGGCCGUGCUCCCUUACCUCGACAAUUAGAUGUAGAUGUGGCUUCAAGACCAAGGAGGUCCCAUGUGAAACGAUCCAUAAUGAAGAAGAGCUUGUCUUCACUUGCGAGAAGCGCUGCAACAAGAAGCGCUCCUGUGGCCGGCACAAGUGUGGCGAGCUGUGCUGCGUGAGUGUGGAGCACAAGUGCCACCUGAUCUGUGGCUACAAGCUCAACUGUGGCCUCCACCGCUGUCAGGAGCCUUGUCACCGUGGAAACUGUGAACCCUGCUGGCAGUCCAGUUUUGAUGAGCUGACGUGUCACUGCGGGCAAAGUGUCUUGUACCCACCCAUCGCCUGUGGCACCAAGCCUCCGGAGUGCAAGAAUCUGUGCACUAGAAGGCAUGAGUGUGACCAUCCAGUGUUUCACAACUGCCACAGCGAAGAGAAGUGUCCACCUUGUACUUACCUCACUCAGAAGUGGUGCAUGGGAAAGCACGAGCAACGUAACAACAUCCCGUGUCAUCUGCAAGACAUCUCCUGUGGCCUCACAUGUAACAAGGAGCUGCCGUGUGAGAUGCACCACUGCAAGCGGCUCUGCCACCGCGGCGAGUGUCUGGCAGAAGGCAGCUGCCACCAGCCGUGCACGCUGCCUCGUCCCGACUGCGGCCACCCGUGCGCUGCGCCCUGCCACAAAGGCAGCAGCUGCCCACGCACCACCUGCACUGCCAAGGUGGCACUGCAGUGUGAUUGUGGCCGAAGAAAAGAAACAGUGCAUUGCACAGAUGCAGCCACUUCAUAUCAGAGGUAUGCAGCCAUCGCCAUGGCCAGCAAACUGUCUGACAUGCAGCUUGGAGACUCAGUCGACAUCGGCCAGUUGAUUACUAAGAAGGAGCUGAAGCAGACCAGGCUCGAGUGUGACCAGGAGUGUGCAACACUGGAGAGAAACAGGCGCCUGGCCGAGGCCUUGCAGAUUGACUCCUCUGCAGACCCCUUCAACAUUCGCUCCACCUCCAUAUACAGCGACAGCCUCAAGGAGGAUGCCAGAAAAGACCUGAAAUUUGUCACAGAGGUAGAAGAGGAGAUAAAGAAUCUUGUUGAGCUUACCAAUAAGGGAAAGCAGCCAAAGAGAAGCCAGUGUUUCCCGCCCAUGAACCGAGAGCACCGCAAGAUCAUCCACGAGCUGGCCGAGGUCUACGCCGUGGAAAGCGUGAGCUACGACAGCGAGCCCAAACGCAACGUGGUCAUCACAGCCCACAAGGGGAAGUCGGCCUGUCCAGCCUCAAGUCUGACAUCGCUGAUAGAGAGGGAGAUGACUGUCAGGGCCCCUCCCCCCAUCGCUCACAUCAAACAGCAUAGCAGCAAGGCUGCCAGUGGAAGUACCUGGUCAAAGAUGGUUAAAGAAGAACCUGUGAUCGAUUACUUUGAUGUCCAGGACUAACACAAGGCCGGAGCAGGAAACCUCCGGAUCAAAUCAAAUGUCUACAUCUGCCAGAGACUCCUGCUUCCUUCUCAGUUCUGUUCAUUACAUUUCUGCAGUCAUAAAUUAAUGAUAAUUUGCUUUUGGCUUUGUAAUCAAAUAAAAAUGGACAGAAAAUGUUAGUACCUCCUGUGAACAGAGAUUAAAAAAUGUGAGUUUUAAAAGUAUUUGGACCACAACACACCGUUCGAUUUAUUGCCCUUGUACUUGUUCCUUCUAGGAAAAGAUACAAUAGCACUUUGGUCAAAAUGCAGACUGUUGCCUUGAGUUAAAGGAUAUCUCCAGCCAUCUCCUCUAAAUAGUUGAUCUGGACUAUUUAUGUGUGUGCUCUUUUCAUUUUAUGAGUACAAAAGUAUGUUUGGAAUGAUUAAGAUUAUGUAAACUAAAAUAUUGGUUUUUAGGUUAUCAAAAUUUCUUAUUUUCCUCUGGUAUCCAAACUAUGUCAGCUGUGAGUUGCACUCAGUUCAUAGCAUGGAUGUAAAUUUAUCCAGCUGGUUUAAUAAAUAAAUACGACAAAAGGGGGAAAAAAA